UGAUUGAUUCCUCACCAUUUAGCUCUCCUCAUUCAACCUUUCACCCUCCUAAACUUCUCAUAAUAGCAAAGAUAAACCAACCCCCUCAACUACCUUAACCACCCCCACAAUUACUCUCUCCACUUCAACUUUUCUACCCAUCUCCACAACCAUUCCAUCUUUUCCCUCCCUAACCCUUUUACCUCUUUUCCACUCUCUCUCACUCACUCAAACCAAAAAAUGCAAAAUCACCCACUUCUGCAUCUCACUCCUCAAUCAUCAAAAUCCAAACUUUAAACAACCAAAUUCCACCCUUUACCCCUAAAAAAACAAACAAAACAAAACCCAAUCAAAACAUCUUACAUUUCCCCCUCAAAAUUCUAAAUCUCCCCAAAACCAAAACAUAAUAAAAAUUCAAACUUUUUUCCAACCCAAUUCCCAUCUUCAAUGUGGAAACCAUGGAACAACAACAAAUCAACUUCAUCUUCCUUCUCUUGUUCUUCCUUCAAAGAUAUUCAAACCCUCUUCUCAGAAGAACCCACCACUACAAAACCUAAAAAACCCUCCAUUUUCCACCGAGUCACACUCGCUAACUCGCUCCUCCGAGCCUGGUCAACUCAAACCAAAAAACUCACUUACCCCCCUUCACUACUCUCAACCACUGAUCCACGCGCCGCGCAACAGCAUCCUCCUCCUUUAAUUCCCUCCUCACAGCAGCGCGUGGUAAUCUACUUCACAAGCCUGCGCGUGGUUCGGACAACCUACGAAGAUUGCAAAACGGUGCGUUCCAUCUUGCGCGGUUUCAAAGUCGCGUUAGACGAACGUGACGUGUCAAUGGACUCGGGUUUUCUUUCGGAGCUUCGUAAGGUUACGGGUCGUAAAACCGGGUUAACACUGCCACGUGUUUUUAUCAACGGUAGAUACAUUGGUGGGGCCGAAGAAGUGAAGUGGCUGCACGAGAAUGGUGAGCUCAAGAAGCUUCUAGAAGGAUUGCCCGUAGCUGAUUCGAAUUUUCACGCUUGCCACGUGUGCGGUGAUCAUAGGUUUGUUCUUUGUGGGGAAUGUUCUGGUGCGCGCAAGGUGUAUGCGGAAAAAGGUGGGUUCAAGACAUGUACGGGUUGUAAUGAAAGUGGUUUAAUCAGGUGCAUUUCUUGUUCUUGUUGACCAUGUGCACCUUCAGAUAAAUUUUUUUUGGCAAGGUGUUAAUGUGUAGGACCUUAGCAAUAAUUAUUAAAAUAAAAAAGGAUAAAAAUGUAGGGAAGCAAAAAUAUUAUGUCACGAGAGAAAUAAAAUUGUCUUAAUUUUGUUGAUG